AUGCUUUUUUCAUUCCCAUUUAUUCAGGCUACUUCGAAGUCUGUAACCUCUGGUGCCGUAACAAGAGAGGCAGGAACUGUAAGCUUCGAUCCUGCGACUCAAGCACUUCUGAAUGAAUGUGGCGACAAGAAGUUGAACGACUGCGAUCCGAGCGCUACGUGUAUGGACAAUCCGCUGUCGUACGAAUGUCUCUGUCGUGAGAACUUCCUUGACGUCUCGCCGGAUCCCGUGAAAAAACCUGGGCGAAAAUGUAUCAAAUGUCAGUUCUUUAGAGAGUCGCUCCAAAUACGUGAAAUUCUCGACGAACACCCGUUAACUGUAACUACUUGA